AUGGCUCUCACUGGUAAAUUAAGUGCUGAAAUUGGAAUCCAAACUCCUCCAGCUAAAUUCUUCAACUUCAUCGCAAAACAACUUAACCAUAUUCAAAACAUUACUGAGAAAGUGCACCAAACCAAGUUGCAUCAAGGUGAUUGGCAUGCCAUUGGUUCAGUUAAGCAAUGGACUUAUGUCAUAGAUGGAAAGGUAACAACAUGUAAAGAGAGCAUUGAAGCCAUUGAUGAAAGAAACAAGUCAAUUACAUACAACCUCUAUGAUGGAGAUGUCAGUCAUCAGUAUAAAAUAUUGAAGCUCAUCUUUCAAGUGAUUGAAAAGAAUGAUGGUGGUGCUUUUGCAAAGGGUACUUUUGAAUAUGAAAAGAUCAAUGAGCAUGUUGAACCUCCAUAUGGCUACAUGGAGUACAUAACCAAGGUCUUUCAAGAUAUUGAUGCACAUCUUCUCAAGGCAUAG